AUGGACGAUAUGAAAAAGGAGAUUUGGUAUGAAAUGGUUUCGACAAUGAACUAUGCUAAAAAAGGAAGAAAAGGAGAAUCAAUUAUUAAUUUUGAAAUCUUAUGGAAUGGGUUCAAAAGAGGCGCGAAAUGUGUUAAAAAUACGAUAAAUUCCGAUUAUCGUUGUGAAGAACAAUGGGCUUUAUCAAAGGUAGUAAUAUAUUCUAAUCUUCAAGUCUUAGAUUACUGGCGAGUAUUGGUUGAAAAAUGUGAGCUGUAUAUGUUUUUGAAGAAUGGUCAGCAUUAUCAAAUCCUGGAAUUUUCAAUUGAGAACGUGCGCCAUGUAUUUUUAGUUGGUUUUGAUGAAUAUUUUAUGAUUCUAAGGAGAAAAGUAACGCCAAUGUUUCAGCAACACACCGAACUACCGAUAGCUGUAGUUUAUUUCAUUAUUCUUAGUAAGUAUACAUUUUAUUCAUUUGUUUUUGUUCAUGAACGGAAAUGCGACACGAUAUUUAUACAACUUCAUUUCCUGGAAAAUGUGCGACAUGAUGCAUUCUUACUACCGGAAGCUUAUUUUAAUUGGUUUUUCUUUUAUGUGUUUUAG